UUGCCUGUGUAGCGACGAGACCAGGCACGGAGUGAAGGGAGUGAAGGGUAUAUGUAUGGAGUUAAACAGGUGUGUGUGAUUGUGUGAUUGGGAGACGUGAAUGCAGGACGGUGAACGAGACUGAUGAGAUGCAGCUGGGAGUGUGAGUGAGAGUGAGCGUGCUGAAGGGGGCGUGACCGGAGCAGAGUUCAGCACAGAAGUGACACGGCAAAAGCCGUGAAAAGUCCUUGUGAAAAGACAGUUUUAGAGCUAAGUAUGAGAGAGUAUGACGAGAUCACCUCCUUCCUGGGCACAUGGGGGCCUUUCCAGCGCCUGGUCUUCUUCUCCCUGGCAUUCAGCAUCCUGCCCAAUGGUCUCGUGGGCAUUUACAUCGUGUUUGUGGCCGACACGCCACCCCAUGAGUGUUUGGUCCCAGAGGAGAGCAACAUCAGCGAGAGCUGGAGGAACGUGAGUGUUCCCCUGGUGCUGCAGGACGGGGUGCUGAAGCGCAGCUCCUGUAGCAGAUACAGGCUGGACCUCCUCAGGAACUUCUCCCGGCUCAACUACGCCCCCGACGUGGACGUCAACGUGAGUCAGAUUCAGCAGGAGGGCUGUCUGGAUGGCUGGAAGUACAGUAAAGAGAUCUACCAGUCCACCAUCGUCACUGAGUGGGACCUGGUGUGUGAGAAUGAAUACAAAGAGCCUCUGGCCUCCUCCAUCUAUUUCCUGGGUGUGCUGGUGGGAACGUUCAUCUCUGGGCAGCUCUCCGACAGGUAUGGGAGGCGGCCUGUGCUCUUUGCCACCAUGGCCAUGCAGACGUUGACCAUUUUCAUCCAGAUCUUCUCUCCCAGCUGGGAGGCCUUCAGCGCCAUCUUCUUCUUCAUCGGGUUCAGUGGCUUCUCCAACUAUGUUGUCGGCUAUGUGCUUGGCUCCGAGAUACUGAGCCCUGGCACACGAGCGGUGUUCUGUUCCCUGGGGGUGUUCAUGGCGUCAGGGGUGGGGCAGAUGUUCUUGCCCCUGUUCGCCUACUUCCUGCGGGACUGGAGACUCCUGAUCAUCCCCAUGGCCGCCUCAGGGCUUCUCUACAUCCCUCUCUGGUGGCUGAUUCCUGAGUCGCCUCGCUGGCUUCUGUCCCAGGGGAGAGUGGAGGAGGCUGAGGCCAUACUGAGAGAUGCAGCCAGGAUGAACAAAGUCCCCGUGCCAGAGGUCAUCUUCACACCCGCUGAGAUCAUGGAAGCCCAGGAGAAAAGAGAGAAGAGGUACAACAUGCUGGACAUCCUGAGGAGCCGCCAAGCUAUGGCCCUUAUCCUCGUCUGCUCUAUUCUCUGGAUGGUCAUUACCAUGUCUUACUUCGGCCUGCUGUUUAACACCACCAACCUGCAUGGUGAUCCGUAUUUUAACUUCUUCCUGUCCGCCAUCGUGGAGAUCCCAGCGUACUUCAUGGCCCUGCUCCUGCUGAAGUUCUGCCCCCGCCGGUUCUGCCAGUCCUCCACGCUCUUCCUGGGCGGCACCAUCAUCCUCUUAAUCCAACUCGUGCCCAGAGAUCUGCCGGGUGUGGCCAUCUUCCUGGAGAUGGUGGGCAAGUUUGGCAUCACCACAGCAUUCUGUGUGGUCUACGCCGUGACUGCUGAACUCUUCCCCACCGUGAUCCGAAACAUGGCCAUGGGAACCUGCUCAAUGGCCGCCCGCAUCGGAACCAUAAUCUCUCCAUUCAUCAUUUACCUGGGCAACUACUAUAAAUACCUACCCUACCUCUUGAUUGGGAGUCUUGCAGUUUUCUCGGGGAUGCUCUGUUUUGUUUUGCCUGAGACGUUUGGAAAGGUUCUUCCAGACACCCUCGCUGAGAUGCAGUCAGUCAGAGGGAUGGGUCGAUCAAAGAAAACGACGAUGGAAUCCAGCACCAAAGAGACCGUUGAUGUAAUUCAGGAAGCCAAACUGUAGAUUUCUGGCCUCUACUGUAGACUGCAGUGCCAUCUUCUGUACUUAAGGUGCUAUUGCAUAAGGUUGAAUGGAAAGUUUUACAGUUGAGAGGAAGUGAACAGGCAAAUUAAAUUAAAUUAAAUUAAAUUAAAUUGUAUUUAUAUAGCGCCAAAACAAUCAAAUUGUCUCAAGGCGCUUUAAAUUCACAGGGUCAGUAUCAUUGAUAGACAGAUCUCUUUAGGUUACGGUUGCCUUCAAAUUAAAUUAAAUUAUAGUUUGUUUCUUAUUAUAUAACUAUAGUUAGCUGAGUAUAACUAUGAAGGUCUGGUAACAUCAACUCAUACAGAAGUACAGUAAUGGUGUGUCAUUUUCUUUAUUCUUUGUUUUCUUCUUUUUUUUCAUUUGAAUUGGCACCCAGUUACAGAUGAAAAUUAAAUAAAU